GGCAGCCCAGAGGCGCUGAGCUCGGCCUCUCCACUCGCCUCAGCCGGGGAGCCUUCCCCCUUGCACCCAAAGUUUCUGGGUUCGUUGGAAUUUGGGGAUUCAGGAUUUUUCCUUUUUUUAAAAGCCUAGGAAUUUGAGGGGAAAACUUUUGACAAAUCCAUCGCACUUUCUCUCCGCUAGUUCUCUGUCCCCCUUCUUCUUUUUUUCCCAAACAGGGGAAGGGGCUUACGAGAGAGACUCCCGCUGGACAAAGUUCUCCCCAAGUUUUCCGAGUGUGAUGGUUGCGGGGAGAGCCAGCCCAUCAGCUUGAUUCACGACUUCGUCUCGCCACCCCUCGAGCAACCCCUAAGCCCGCUAUAAGGGAACACACAAACAAACAAACAAACAAAGUUACACUCCGAGUCGCCUCGUGUCUCCUCUCUCUCUUCUUCUAGGCGAUUUCCCACCCGCCUCUGCUCUCCCCUCACAACCUCCACUUCCCUUCCCUCGGCCCCUUGCUCCUUCUCUGUUUCGGCUGGAGGUGCCAGGACCCCCGGCCGAAGCCUCCCCUCCCCCGCCGCUCGCGUCCCUUCUCGUCUGGCCCUCCCCUCCCCCGCCGAGGCCCGCACAGCCAAUCCCCCGAGCGGCCGCCAACAUGCUCUUUGAAGGCUUGGAGCUGGUGUCGGCGCUGGCCACCCUCGCCGCGUGCCUGGUGUCGGUGACGCUGCUGCUGGCCGUGUCGCAGCAGCUGUGGCAGCUGCGCUGGGCUGCCACCCGCGACAAGAGCUGCAAGCUGCCCAUCCCUAAGGGCUCCAUGGGCUUCCCGCUCAUCGGAGAGACCGGCCACUGGCUGCUACAGGGUUCUGGCUUCCAGUCGUCGCGGAGGGAAAAGUAUGGCAACGUGUUCAAGACGCACUUGCUCGGGCGGCCGCUAAUCCGUGUGACCGGCGCGGAGAAUGUGCGCAAGAUCCUCAUGGGCGAGCACCACCUCGUGAGCACCGAGUGGCCACGAAGCACACGCAUGCUGCUGGGCCCCAACACGGUGUCCAACUCCAUCGGCGACAUCCACCGGAACAAACGCAAGGUCUUCUCUAAGAUCUUCAGCCAUGAGGCCCUGGAGAGCUACCUGCCCAAGAUCCAGCUGGUGAUCCAGGACACGCUGCGUGCCUGGAGCAGCCACCCUGAAGCCAUCAACGUGUACCAGGAGGCUCAGAAGCUCACCUUCCGUAUGGCCAUCCGCGUGCUGCUGGGCUUCAGCAUCCCCGAGGAGGACCUGGGGCACCUCUUCGAGGUCUACCAGCAGUUUGUGGAGAACGUCUUCUCCCUGCCUGUCGACUUGCCCUUUAGUGGCUACCGGCGGGGCAUUCAGGCAAGACAGACCCUACAGAAGGGCCUGGAAAAGGCAAUCCGGGAGAAGCUGCAAUGCACGCAGGGCAAGGACUACGCAGACGCGCUGGACAUCCUCAUCGAGAGCAGCAAGGAGCACGGGAAGGAGAUGACCAUGCAGGAGCUGAAGGACGGGACCCUGGAGCUCAUCUUUGCUGCCUAUGCCACCACUGCCAGCGCCAGCACCUCGCUUAUCAUGCAGCUGCUGAAGCACCCGGCCGUGCUGGAGAAGCUGCGGGAGGAGCUGCGGGCCAAGGGCCUCUUGCACAGUGGCGGCUGCCCCUGCGAGGGCACGCUGCGCCUCGACACGCUCAGUGGGCUGCACUACCUGGACUGCGUCAUCAAGGAGGUCAUGCGCCUGUUCACGCCGGUCUCCGGCGGCUACCGCACGGUGCUGCAAACCUUCGAGCUCGAUGGUUUUCAGAUCCCCAAAGGCUGGAGUGUCAUGUACAGCAUCCGGGACACACACGACACGGCGCCCGUGUUCAAGGAUGUGAACGUCUUCGACCCCGACCGCUUCGGCCAGGCGCGGAGCGAGGACAAGGACGGCCGCUUCCAUUACCUCCCUUUCGGCGGCGGUGUCCGGACCUGCCUAGGCAAGCACCUGGCCAAGCUGUUCCUGAAGGUGCUGGCGGUGGAGCUGGCCAGCACCAGCCGCUUCGAGCUGGCCACCCGGACCUUCCCCCGCAUCACCUUAGUCCCCGUCCUGCACCCUGUGGAUGGCCUCAGCGUCAAGUUCUUUGGCCUGGACUCCAACCAGAACAAGAUCCUGCCAGAGACCGAGGCCAUGCUGAGCGCCACGGUCUAAGGCUCCAGGCCUCGGGGUGGGAGCGAUGGGAGGGUAGUAACCUGUGUGCGGGUGGGGCUGGCGCCCGGGGAAGGGGGAGGGCCCCCCAGGCCUUGCUCUCCCCUGUCCCUCUGCCUGGCAAACCUGCCCCAAGUCAAAAGAGGCCCAGCCUCCGGGGUUGGGCCCUCCCCCUGUCCCUGCGCCUCUCCAGUCUCUCUGGCUCCCAGCAGCUUAGUCCCCCGGCCCCCGGCCCCGCCCCGGGCCCCGCCCCAGGCCCGCAUGCCCCUCACAGUGUUAACCAUAGGCUGUGCUGCGGCCCUUGCUUGUGAUGUUCUGAACUGGUCUCUCCCCUCCCUUUUCUUUUGGCCUUUUUAGUUUGAGGUCAGGUGGUUGACAUGGGGAGGGAGAAAAAGAGGUGCCCUCUUUGGGCCUCUCUUCGGCACCACUCCCCGCCCCGGCUCAGACAGGCGAGUGCCCCUCCCGGUGGCCACCCGUGCCCGUGGGGAACAGCAUUGUGGGUAAUAGAACACCGGUCACCCUUGGCAGAGCGGGGAUGGGUUGUCACCAGCCUGGAGGCCCACCCCUUGCCAUUUGGGACGUUUGAAAUUACCUAUUGCUGCUACUUUUUCUCUCUCUGACCUUGGGGCAAAGGAGCCCCAGGCCCUGUUCUCCCAGCAUCCUCCCUGGUGGCCCUGGGCACGCGCACUGACACCCCCACCUUUCCACCAGGCGGCUCAGAGCCCACCCUGCUCCCUGUACACCCACGCCCAAGGCCCUCUGCCCAUGGGCUGACCCCUGCACCCCAUCCCCCAUAUUUAUUCACUGAUAUAACCGACUCUUGGUGUUACUGGGACUGGGAACAAGCAUUCCACCGUCCCCUGGCUUCCAUCCCAGCUGUCCCAGGCAGGACUUCUGCAAGUGACCCAGCCCCCAGCCCCUGCCCCCGCCGGCCGAGGGUCGAGCAGCUCCCCCAGGCACCAGACCUUCUGUGGGUUCAACCUCGGAGCCUCACUCCCGGGGUGAAAUCCAGUGGGUCUGCCUUUGUCCCGGGGGGAGAUGGGGAAGUGGCGCGCUGCCUCCCUGCCCGCUCUGUCGGAAACCUCGAGUACAGGGGCCUAGGAGGCCGCUGCCGCUUCCCACAUGGUCACUGUCCACCGCGGUGCCCCCCGCUCUGGCUGGUAAGUAUGGAGAAGGAUACGGGUUCUUCUGACGGGGAGCCAGGGCCUCCGUCAUCCCUCCCUUGACCCUCUCCCUUUGCCCUUUGCCCUUGGAAAGGUGUCCUUGAAGUCCCUUCUCACCUCUAUGCCACUGUCUGCUUAGCCCAGCUCAGGGGUGUGGGGACCAGAUGAAAGCCAGGGGAGGUGAGAGCAGAAGGCAGCCCUCCAUCGGCCGUAGUGGCUUGAGGUGGCUGUGGGGAGCGCUGCAGCGAGAGCUGAGGAGGAGGGUACGUGCGACUUGUCAAGUGAUUUGGUUGAAAAUGAGCGGUCAGGGGAUGGAGGAGGAAUAGCUCCUGCCACUGGCAUUUUGAGUGUUGGCAAUGAGGGAUGCCUCCCAGGAUGGUUUUGGGCCUCUGGUGAGUCUCUAAGUGAUUUUGUCUGUUUCCAAAAUUUUCUCUGCUUUUCAUGUUUCUCUGUUGGUGUUUGAUGUUAUAAAAGCAAUGAAUCCUCUUUAGGAGAAAAUAAAAAACACAUAGAAGAAUAAUGCGGGACACCAGUGCCCCCAGUGGGCUCUCCGCAGCAGUGACCCAGUGGCUUCCCAGUGGCGUCCAGGGGGCAGGUGGCAGCCCUCCACUCCUGCCCCCGCUCACACCUACCCUGUGCUGGGCUUUACGGGAGUGGUUUGUGCCCAUGGGCGUUCUCAAGUAUUUCAUUCGGCUCCUACCUUUUCAUUAUUUAAGAAGCCAGGGCAGCACAGACAUUAUUGACAAAACUUGACAUUAAAAGAGUAAUAUUCUCAAUUUCCCCCCAUACCAUUCUGAAAAACAGGCAAAACCCCCCCACAAAAAAACAUAUUAAGGACUCAUCAAAGCUUGUGAAACAGCUGCACGGUGCACCAGAAUUUGUCCCCUACAAAAAGCCCAUGCACCUCUGGAAGGUCCAUGCACCUCUGGAAGGUCCAUGCACCUCUAUGCUGACCCAUCUUACCCUGAACCAAUUGUUUUUUGACAGCUAUCUAGGAUUGCAGUAAGUGCAGAUUCAUCAAGAAGCCCGCCAGGCCUGGACCUGGCAAGGGGCAGGGAGCUGGAGGGCUGUGGGAAGCUUCAGUGGCCUUUGGCCACCAGCCUGGGAGGGGCAGAGAAGGCAAGACAGAGGAUCCCUGUGAGGGAGGGAAGAAGGAUUACUUACCCCACUGGGUCUCAAAGGGGUUAAGAAGAGAACUGAAGAAAGCUCUUGACUGGCUGACAGGAGGGUUUCAAUGUCGAGACUCAUCCAUCUCUCCUCUUUACAUCCAUCCGUGUCUGUGUGCUUGUUGUAGGUUUUAUAGUGGUAGCAUUAGAUGGGUGAUGUGUUCUCACUUACCAUUCCUACUUGACAUUAAAAAGACAGAACCCCACAAAGCUCUUCACGCCAUGGGCUUGCAGAUUGAAGCACUUUCAAUGUUGGGCGCUGGCAUUUGUGUUCUGGGCAUCAUCUUGACUCUGCCCAGAUCGCUCUAAUUUUAUACACAAAACUUGUUUUUUCAUAAAUGUUAUAAUUUUGUGUCUGUCUUUAUAAACUAUUAUAAGUACUAUUUUUGUUAUAAUUCAAAAUAGAUAUUUAGUAUAAAGUUUUUGCUGUUAAAUAUUUGUUAUUUAGUAAAAUAUGAAUUGUUUCCUCUAUUGUAAACAUGGUUCAAAAUAUUAAUAUGUUUUUAUCACAGUUGUUUUAAUAUUGAAAAGAAGCACUUGUGUGUUGUGUUUUGAUCUGAACCUGGUGCCGUGUGAGUGUUUUUGCUGUCAUGUGGUUUUACUCUGUAUAUAAUAUUCCACAUUGCAUAUUAAAAAAAUGUUGUGCAUUUUGUGAUUUUGGAAAUACUCAAUGUGGCUCUUUUAUAGGCUUCCAUAAUAAACCGUGAAGACUCA